UGUUUACUGUGACUCAAAUAAAAACUAGUUUUAAAUUUAGGUUAAAAAGUAAAGUCGGAAAUGGUUAGAAACCCACCUUUACGUGAUGUACUUGAAAGCACCAUGAGCAGGAGGCGGUGGCGGCCUCUUUGAAGUGAAAUCGCUGGCUGGGUCUCUGUGAAACUUCUCUUCGAAGGUAGCAUGGUGAUUGUUUAAUUUACGUCCACCAAAAAAGCUUGAGGCAGCCUUCUUUCUGCCGAACACACAAGAAGAAACUUAGAGUGAGAGUCUUACAGUAUCCCACAAAAGACACGCCAUGAGUGAUAAUGAGGAUGCCGACUACUUCAUGGAACACUGGACUUCACCUCCAAAAAGAAAAGUAAAGAAAGACGCUAAGAAGAACAAAAAAACUGUAAAACAUAAGAAGAACAGACCCACGAAGACACAUGAUGAUGUCCAGAAGAAAAAGAAGAACGCCACAUUCAAAGAACCAAUGAUGGAAAAUAGGAAAAAGAGGAAGGAAAAAGAUAAAAACAAGAAGAAAGAGAAGAAAAAAAAGAAAAACAAAUUAGCUUUGAAUCCUGAUGAUUUUAAAUUCACUGAGAGCUUCACUAAGUUUGCUGCAAGAAAUCCAUGCCUAAACGAGAAGCUAAACUCUCCCCCUGAAACAUCUGUGAAAGAACCUAAGAGAAAAAAGAUGGUGGCAUUUGGUUCAUUACCCUCUUACAUACGUAUCAAACGUCCAGUUUUCACGUCUUCGUCGCCAAAAGAAACCAAAGUUGUGAGACAAGACCAGAGCUGUUCCCAGGUGAUUAGAAAAAGCCAGAUUCAAACACAUGAUAAUGACUUUCAGUACAACAGUGAUAUAAACAGCCAAGACUUGUUUAUCACCCAGAAGACAUUCAGAGCAUCGCCCUCUGAAACUUCCAGCGGUGAAGCCAGCGAUGGAGUUAUUUCUGAAUCCCCUCAUGUGUUCACUCAGCGAGACAAGAACCGGCACACCACUGCGGGAGAGAUAAGAAGAUGCAAUGAAACAUCAGAUAAACGACAAGACAGAGCAACAUAUCAGUGUCUGCGGGAAAUAAAAAGAGAGCUGGAGGAAGAAAAUUAUGAGCUUCUAAAACACUCAGGAAAAAUAUCCUUCCAAACAAACCAAGCUGGAGAGAAUAAAGUGUCUGUACAUGAAGGGCCCAAACUGGGUAACUCUUUCUUGAACAACCCGUUGGUUAUAAACCCCACCCCGGAUGCUAUUUUGAUCCAAAACGGCUCCUCGUACCAUCCAUUCUUUGGUGAGCCGCCCGUUCUUCCUGCUUUAGCAAGCACUUCAACUCAGACAGAAAACUUCUUCACCACCGAGCUCUCCUCCUACCUCAGCUUCUGCCGGAAAAACAGAGUGGCUUUGAAAUCCCAGGACAUGAAACCUUUGGAUCUGAGCUUGCCACAGAGGGCACGGGAAGACCUCCAUGUGUCAGUGAAGAUGCUUGAUGUUGACAUUAAACAGGAAGUAGAGAAAUGUCAUGAGCAGUUGCGAGAAGGAGAAAUUAGGAGUAGCAGAAGUAAAAGCAUGUCUGCCUCAUCACGAGCGAAGUCUGCAGAGAUUAAGAAGGAAACUUCAUGUCAUGGUGAAUCUACUCCAAGCCCUCAGUCAGAGGCUGAAAUCAAGUCGGCCAACACCACAAGCUCCAGUGAGGACGACCACCACUGCCGCGCUGGGAAGCGAGACCUGACCCAGGUGGGAGCUGUUCAGCUGAGACUGAACAAACCCUUCUUCUUCAAGACAAAAGGAGAGGCACAGUCACCUCGUCCAGCUUCGCCGCUGACGAAACUCGCUCAGGGAAGAGACGUUCAAACCAAGAAGAGCCGUUCUGGAAGGAUAUGAAUGAAUUCCAGCUGGCGUGUCUCAUUUUUCUAACCAGAAGAGUUAUAACAUCUGGAUCUUGCUCAGUGUAGUGGUGGCAUGGACAUAAGAGUAACUGUUGUCCAUAAGAAUAGUAAUAAUAAUAAUAAUAAUUUAGUCUGUACUAUAGUUUUAACUUGCAUGAAGAGGAUAAAAACAGUUUCCUGUUGUAGUUCCAAACCUAAUCUUUGCAUCCAGUUGAUUGUUUCCAUGUUACAUUUUCUACAAUUAUUUUGUUAUGAGCCUUAAAGUAUUGGUUUUGAUCGGUUUGAGUAAAAAUGUCUCUAACGUAUCAGUUUUUAUAUGUGACAAAGCCAUAAAAUUUACAUCAAAUUGUAGUUAAUUGAUUUGUAAUGUAAGAAAAUUGCCUUUUCUCAAUUAAAGUUAAUUUAUUCUAAAGACACUGAGGUUCACUUCCUUUUAUUAGAAAAGAAGAAGCAGCAGCAGGAAACUCCUUAACAGCAUUUAGCGUUGAAGUUUAUUUAAUUUCUCUAUAAGCACAGAUGUAAAGUUUGGGUUGUAUACACGUUAUCCAUUUUACACCAAUUGGUCUGGUUGACAGUUACACUGUGGGACUAGUAUAAGAGUAAAUAUUUCUACCUACACUUAA